UACCCUGCCUAAAGCAUACCUUUUACCCUUCUUACCUUUCUCCAAUCAACCAACGAUAACGAAAUUCCAACCCCUCAAAACAGAACAAAUACCCAAUCCAAGUCACCCUUUUUUUUUUAGCUUUUCCAUUUUCCACAACAUGAUGUGCACACUUUUGCCACCCUUUUGGUUCUUUUGCACUCUGGAACAUUGUUCUUUUCUUCUGCUCUUAUUUCAAUGGCUAUCGUUUUGUCUUCACCAUGGACAAGGUUUCAACAAAAUAUUAAUUUAAUUUAAUUUAAUUGCGUUGAGAAAGGAAAACCUUGAGCUUGCUUGUUUACAAGGUUCAAUCUGGUAUUAAUUGAACGAUAAGGAAAGAAUUACUGAAGUUCUCCCAAGUGGGCUUUGGAUAAAAUUCGUUCUUUAUUGGGGGUCCUUUUGCUCCUAGAUGGAUGCUAUAAUUUGGCUUUCUUGAAGCUUUUGGUUGCUUGCAUUCUUCAUGGAACUUGUUUUUAGCAAAUGGGGAUGUGCAUUUCUACUGUGUUGUUGGCUCACCUUCUCUGGAGCAUACUCGGUGGAUGGGUUACAUGGGGAUUCUAAAGUGAGAGGAGUGAACUUGGGAGGGUGGCUGGUUGUGGAAGGUUGGAUUAAGCCUUCACUGUUUGAUGGCAUUCCCAAUGGAGACAUGCUUGAUGGAACAGAGGUACAAUUUAAGUCAGUGACACUGCAGAAGUAUGUGUGUGCUGAGAACGGGGGAGGUAUGAAUGUUACAGUUAGCAGGGAUAUCGCAUCUUCAUGGGAAACUUUUAAGUUAUGGAGAGUCUCGGAAUCAAAAUUUCAGUUUCGAACCUCCCAAGGCCAAUUUCUAACAUGUGAUGGAGAAGGGUGCUCUGUCUCUGCUACUGCAGAAUCACCUUCCACAUCAGAAGCAUUUUUCAUUGAAAGGAAUAACAGUAGAGUUCACUUCAAACUCAAGAGUGGGGCCUAUCUGCAGGCUACAAUAGGAAAUCAGCUCACAGGAGACUAUCCAGGGAUUCCAGGAUGGGAUGAUAAUGCAGCCACAUUUGAGAUGACGAUAGUAGCAAAUAAUUUGCAUGGGGAUUACCAGCUUGCAAAUGGAUAUGGACACAAAGAGGCCAAAGAGGUUCUUAAGAGACACAGAAACAGUUUUAUCACUAUUGAAGAUUUCAAAUUUCUGUAUAGACAUGGAAUAAAUACUGUUAGGAUCCCAGUUGGCUGGUGGAUUGCUUUUGAUCCUGAUCCUCCCGUUCCAUUUAUUGGGGGAACUCUAGAAGCUCUGGAUAAUGCAUUCUCAUGGGCACAAGCCUAUAACAUAAAGUGCCUAAUCGACCUUCAUGCUGCUCCUGGCUCUCAAAAUGGGAUGGAACAUAGUGCUAGUCAAGAUGGUUUGACAGGGUGGCCUACUUCUCAGGAUUACAUCUCACAAACACUGGAUGUUAUUGAUUUUCUAGCUUCCAGGUAUGCAAGACAUCCUGCAUUGCUGGGAAUUGAGCUCUUAAAUGAACCAUCUGCUGCCACAGUUCCAUUGGAUACUUUAGUUUCAUAUUACAAACAAGGAUACCAAAUUGUUCGAAAAUACUCGUCAACAGCAUAUGUAAUAAUUUGCCAAAGAAUUGGCAAUGCAGAUCCCUGGGAGCUUUAUCAGGCUAACAUAGGCUCUCACAACAUAGUGGUGGAUUUGCAUUUCUACAACCUCUUUGACACAUUCUUUGUUAAUAUGAGCACUGUGGAUAACAUACAAUUCAUAUACAAGAGCAGGGAAGCUCAAUUACAGGCCCUCAACAAUACAAAUGGUCCACUUGUUUUUAUUGGGGAAUGGGUGAAUGAGUGGAAUGCGAUAAGUGGGUCUCAGAGAGAUUAUCAAGAGUUUGGGAAGGCCCAAUUAGAGGUUUAUGAUGCAGCAUCUUUUGGAUGGGCUUAUUGGACACUUAAGAAUGACAGAAAACACUGGGAUUUUGAAUGGAACACAAGGAACAAUUAUCUCCAACUUGGCGAUUCACCCAACAAGCAGAUUUUCAACAGUUUAAUGUCAGUCGGGUUGAUAUGUAGCUGGUUCUCUCUGCAUUAUUUAUGGUGAAAAGUCACACUUGAGUUGCAUCAUUAACAAUAAUUGAAGAGGAAGAUCUACAAUGCGGCUUUUCUUUGCUUUUGGCUUCUCAACCAUCACAU